AUGAAGCCGCUUAACCUCUCUCUACUCACAGUGACCAUCCUUCUUUGCUGUAACAUGACUCAGCCUAUAUUCAGGAAGCAGAAGGGUGAAGUCAAACCAGGGUAUUGCCCAGAGUUUCAUCUUUCCUGCCCUUUUAUCCUCAUGCCCAUAUGCAAGCAUGAUAGAGGCUGCAGAGGAGCCAAAAAGUGUUGCUUCUACUACUGUCAGAUGCGCUGUACGGAGCCUUGGGACACUUUGGAUUAG